AUGCUCAGCGAGGAGGAGGGCUGGGUCUCGGUCGAGAACGCGCAGCAGGCCGACGAGGAGGACUGGCGCGCCGAGAAGCGCCGAGGCCCGGGGCGGGACCCGCGGAUCCUCCCGCUGGCGCGGCGGGGUCGCGGGCUCCAGGUGACGCUCGGGGAGGCGAUCGCGAAGAUGAACGCGGUCGACUUCGACGACUGGCCCUUUCGGGGGCCGAAGGCCCUGCCCGAGCUGCUGGCCGCCAUCCUCGCCACCGGGCUGACCCUCACGUCCUACUGGGGGUACUGGGUCUCGGAGUCGGGGGUGUCGCGGAACGCCGCGGUGGCCCAGGAGGUGCGGCACGCGCUGCACCAGCUGCACCACGCCGUGACCUACGACCUCGUCGACCCGUCGAACCUGGCGUCUCUGGAGCUCCUGGGGCGCCGGGUGCUGCAGAUCCAGCGGGCGGUGAAGAGGUGCCCGCGCCACCCGAGCUUCGAGGGCCUCGGCCUGAUGCUGAGCAGCUCCUUGGACGAGAGCGGAGGCGUCGUGACGUCGAAGUUCGACGCGUUCGUGGCCGAGGAGCAGAAGUCGCAGGGCAUCAUUCUGAAGCAGGAGCGGAUGUACCGGGAGGAGCAGGAGUCGGAGGCGAAGAAGUACGAGAGGCAGGGCGACGACAGGGAGACCCCAAGGGCGACGAGUUCUAUCGCCACCCUCAUCGUGGAGAACGUGCCGCUCUGCCUCGGUAUCUGGCCCAGCGUGCUGCUCGUGCUGACGACCGUGAUCGCAGGUCUCUCGAGACUCUGGGUGCGCUCAACGCGCUGGCAGGAGUCGGUCAUCAAGCGAGUCCGACGUCGUGUUCGCGGCUUCGGCGACCGACCGAAAGACAUGGACUGUGCUGGAGCCCUGCAGGAGCUCCUCAAGUGCAAGGAUCUGUACUCGAACAUGGGCGAGGCUUCUACUCGCCGCGACUAUGAUGCUGACAAGCUCAAUGUGUUACGACGUGCGCCACAUGACCGGCCUCGUCAGCUUCCAGACGUUGCCCCUCGGCACGUCACCGAGGCGCUGGACCACUUCAACUCGGACGUCGUUCGCCCCGCGCCGAACAUCCCCGAGGACGAGGUCAUCGUGGAGCCUUACUGGGACCCUCUCCUCAACCCGCGCGACCCUCGGAACCGACCACGCCUCGUCGACUUCCUUCGACGACUCGCUGCACGGGGCCUGGUGGAUGGCCGGGCGCGUCGGAAGGCGUGCGUCAGUACCUUCUUCGUCGCCAAGAAGAACGGCGACAUGCGCAUGGUCGUGGGCGCUCGCCAGCCCAACCAGCUGCACAGGCUCCCCCCUCGGACUGUGCUGGCAUCCGGUGAGGCGCUGGGCUCGAUCAACUUGCUCGACGCCGCCGGCGCGAGCCCCGAGGACUUGGCGGAUUUCGACGGCUGCUACGAGUCGCUCUGCGCAGGCUCCGUGGACCUCAUGGACGGGUUCUACCAGUUCGCCGACCCCUCGUGGGGCAGCUGGAUGUGCUUCGACGUGGAGGUCACCGCGGACGAGCUCGGGCUCGACUCGAUCUACGACGAGAAGCUCGGGCGCCGCGUGGCCGUGUCAGGCGACGACGUCAUCUGGCCCUGCUUCGCGGCGUUGCCCAUGGGCUGGAGCUGGGCGCUCUGGAUCUGCCACGAGGUUCUCGUCGACGCGAUGGACGAGGCGGGCCUCCCAGGCGACGGCUGGUGCCUUGACAAAGCCCGUGCGCCGACUCUCGUCGGACAGGGUGUCGUCAGGGCGCCGUGCGUCGACAACGGGAAUCUUGUCGCGCUCAGCGCGCCGGCGCUCAACGACCGGCUGGACAAGCUCACUGCUGAACUGGAUCGUCGUGGGCUUCGCUGGCACGAGCUCGAGCGCGCGCAGCCCGGCCUUGUCGUCUUGGGGCUGGUGCUCGACGGGCGCGAGGGCCGACUCAGGCAUACCGCCAAGCGCGCCUGGAGGCUCUACCUGGCUCUGCACCACGUGCUUCGGACGCCAUGGCUCGCCCGCUGGCAGCUGCGGCGAAUCGUCGGCCACCUGGUGCACUACUUCUCCGUCGUGCGCCCCGGGCUCAGCGUGCUGGGGUCCUGCUACACGUUCAUCGGAGACGGCGACCUGUCCCCUGUCGUGCGGUUGCCUGGAGAUGUUCUCGGUGAGCUCGCAGUUGCUGCAGGCCUCGUCUUCCUCGGCGAAGUGGACCUGUGCCGCGUGCCGUCCGACGUCGCCUUCACGACCGACAGCUCGCUGCGAGGCUACGCCGUCUGCGAAGCCCGACUGGAGCCCUGGGAGGUACUGGCGGCCACCAGAUGGCGCGAGCGCCAGCGGUUCGUCGCCACCGAGCCCGAGGUCGCGCCCGACGACGAGCAGUACGAAGGGCGGGCCGCCGGCUUUUGCGACAUCUCCGGGCCACUGCCCGUCGAGCUGCCGCCCCGGCUGCGGCGCGCCGUGGCCAAGAGGCGCCGGGUCGAGUUGGAGAUCGGGGUCCCGCCCGAGCCGUUGGCGGCCGCUCUGCUGGACGCUGGUCGCUGGGUGGAGCGCCGCCGUGGCGCGUGGCGCCGGCCUGGCCGUAUUCACGCCCUCGAGGCGCGCGCCGCCGUCGCACCGCUAUGGAGAGCGGCAGGCGACGUCAACUUCCACGGGAAGGAGAUCCUCAGUCUGUGCGACAACAUGUCGUCGGUCCUCGCCUUUGAGAAGGGCAGGGCCACCAAUUUCGAGCUCCUGGCGCAGUGCCGCCGGGUUGCGGCCGUCUGCUUCGGGUGCGAGAUCCGCUGGCGCCCGAGGCGCGUGCCAGGCAUCUACAACGUCGCGGACCACGGGAGCCGGGCGGCUGACCGAGGUGAGCUCCUCGCCGGACGCUACCGCGGACGAGGCGCCCUGUCGGCGCCCACCAGCGGCAGCCGCCGAAUUCCCGUGGUCCCGCCAGCCGCGGGCCGGGCCAAGGCCCCGCCGACCGCGGCUACCGAGUUUGAGAUCGGACGAGAGCAGGCCGAGUUGCUGGGAGUAAAGGGCAUCAAGAUGAGGUCUCAAAAGUACGCCCCAACGAGCGACCCCAACGAGACCGACCUGAGCAUGUUCGAUGCCUCCCUGUUGCACUCGAGCCUCCUGGAGUUCCUCUACGGGGCCCACGUGUACAUCUUGGGGCACUCGAAGAUCCUCAACGGGGCCCUCCUGAGCGCCCUCGACCUCCUGAAGUUCUUCAACAGGGCCCACCUGUACACCUUGG